GAUAUCGCGACAGAAUGAACUGGCUCCCUGUAACGUGGGCGGAACCUGUUUGUCUCUGUGUUGCCUUUAGGGUUGCCUCCCGAACGUUUUCUGAGUCAAGAUAACUUUCGCAGUCUGCACUCAUUUAAUCUAGUUGUUAAGAACAGUAUUAAUAUUUUUUUUGCGUAUCGUAGGCUACUAGAAAAAUGCAUUCCGGGACAUUGGAAAGAGCUGGGUCACCGAGGAAAAGGACGCUUUCUCGGGGAGUGAGCGAGGAUGAGUCACUUCGCAACAUUAUCAAGGAGACGGAGAGUUCGACCAGGCGUCUGACGCACAGUGACAGCAGAGGGGGGACCCUCAAGAGGAGAAGUGGGAGUCAGCAGUCUGAGGAAGAUCAGGAACUGAUGGAACUCCCUGAGAUGAAUGACCUGCAGGCGAGCUACGACGAUGUGUUGCAGGAGCUGCGUGGGCUGGAGCUGCAGCGGGAGACUCUGUUGUUCCAGGUGGACAUUUUGCAGGACACCCUGGAGGGGGCCGAGGAGAUGCUGGCCGAGGCCCAGAGAGAGGCCAGCCACGCCACCAUGGAGUUGGAGCGCGAGAGAGAGGCUAAGAGGAAGUUGGAGGACAUUGUCAGCUCUCUGAUGCAGGAGGUGGAGAGGCUAAAAGAGGAGAGGAACACCAUAUCAGCAGUCCCAGUGUACACACUUGUCAAGGAGCAGGAGAGGGAAGAUGAGAUGGCUAGACAACAAGCCCAAGAGAUGAAAAUCAAAAAGGAAGCACAGGAACAAAUCAGGGAUGCACCAAGGGAUGACGACAAUUCUCGGCAAGAUGCGCCUCUCUCUAUUAUCCGAUUGGACAGUGAGAGCCCCGGGCCCAACAACGGGCUAUCAUCUGAGACCAGCACUGGGGGGCUGCUCGCUUCCUUCUUCAAAAAGGGGAGGGGGGAGCAGCCGUCUGACAGUCCGACCCGGCCCUCUCCUCUCCACGUUGCCCGGCUGGUGUCCUCUGAGGACGUAGCAGAUGGGGCACAGGACAGCUUCACCAAGUUCACAAAGAUAGUCAACAAGACCUUUGGGCCGUUGGCACUGGGUAGCCAGACCCCCGGGAGCAAUCAGGAGGAGAACGGGCGUGACCUCUCCCCCGACAGGAACAAUGACACAGACAGCAUCAGCGCCUACGAAGACGCCUGCGCUGACAUGCCUGAGCUGGAAGAGGGUGACGGGCCAAAGCUGCCCCAUGAUGAAGGCUCCCCAGUAGAUGAUGAGGGAGAUCCGUCGAAUGGCAACGAACCCAAGAGCAUCAAAAACCCCAAUGAAUCUUGCAUUCUGUCGUAAGAGCUGCAGAACUGUUGUGCUACGAAGGAUCAAAUCUUCUCUGAGAUCACUGCUCUCGCUCCGUCUGCCUCUUGUAUAUGCCAUUUAGCAGAUGCUUUUAUCCGAAGCGGCUUACCUGCAUCCAUUUUUUCAUUACGUCUUAUGUUCUUGGACCUGUACUCUCAAUUUACACCUAUAGAAGGGUAGAGUCAAUAUUGGGAGUUGUCUUAAUGCUACCAGGCAGGGUGGAAUUCCAGUCAUGUCUACAGACUACUCUAAAGCCAAUCUCUCUCCCUCAGCAUGUUUGGCACGACUUGCAAGGUUGCACUUACGUGUUCCUUUUGUUGUUGUUUUUUCCCUGCUGUUCGGCACAAAAGGCAAAUGACCUCCCUCUGUUUCUUAGUGACUGAUAAUCACACAGGACUGUUUGCGUACACUGAACAAUCAGAUAUGUCAGACCUCUUGCAUUCUAAAUAGGCAAACUAUGUGAUUCUUAGAUUAAGACGAUUCUAGUUGUUUUUAUGCUCUUAUAAGUUUAGACGCUGGCAAGAUUGUAAUCACAAUAGCAGGCAGCCAAGGAGCUAGCUGCUAUAUAUUUGAAUAAUUCCAUUUAUGGGUAUAAAACCAUAAUGUUUUCACUGCCUUACUGGCCUUCACAGGGACAUUUAAUUUGAUCUACAAGAAGGACUUGGUGCCUUUCCUGGCUCACCUUAAUGCAUUUUAUGAAUAUGGAAGAUUAACCUGAAAGAUGUAAUACAUUUACUGAAUUUAAUCAAGCUUUAGUACAAUACUAGCAUGAUUGAAAAAGUAACGACAUUCCAUUUAAUAGUAAAACUUUAAGGAUACCUGAUAAUAAUGUAUAUGUACAGUAACAGUACUGCAUGCUACUUGUCAGGUCGUGUUUGCACAGUUGCAGUGAAACUACUGAAUUGGUAGACCUUACAUGUUAUUUUGUAUCUGGCAUUGCUGGACAAUGUAUCCUUUGUUUUUCUUCUCUCUACCCAUAACCAUUAACACAAAAUCUGAGGAUAAUCUUUUGACUUGGAAAGAGUUACAUAAACAUUGCUACCUAUUAAUCUUCUUAGGAGAUUUUUGCAUAGUCCCAAAGGCACCUUAUUCCCUUUUUAGUGCAUUGCUUUUGACCAGGGCAAUAUAAAGGGAAUAGGGUGUAAUUUGGGACGCAUCCUUUAUCAACAUUCCUGUCCAUGUUUGACAGUAGCGAGGUCAAAUGGAAUUGAUCUGUUUUCCAAUCCUCACCUUUUUGAACAUUUUCAACAGAUACUGCGUUUGUAAUGAACUUGGGGGCAAAUCUUACAAUGCCUUCAACACUAGGUUUUGUGUGUUAGACGUUGUGUAUCUCAAGUCAGAAUGCAGCUCUUAGUAGUAGGGGUUAAAUGGAUGUCAAGUUCGAAAGCAGCACACUGAAAUAAUUCCUAACUUUGAUACUUGUGAUUUGUGUUUUCUAUUCUGUUUCUAUUGCCUGAAUUUCUGUUUCUGCGGGAGAUAGUCUUCAGAAAGUAUUCACACACCUUGACUUUUUCCACAUUUUGUUGUUACAAAGUGGAAUGGAUUUAAUUGUAAUUUAUGUUAACGAUCUACACAAAAUACUCUGUCAAAGUGGGAAAGAAUAACAUUGUAUUACUAGAAAAUAAAACACUAAAAUAUCUAAUUUAUGUAAGUAUUCAACCCCCUGAGUCAAUACAUGUUAGAAUCACCUUUGGCAGCAAUUACAGCUGUGAGUUUCUGGGUAAGCCUCUAAGAGAUUUGCACACCUGGAUUGUACAAUAUUUGCACAUUAUUCUUUUUAAAAAUUCUUCAAGCUCUGUCAAGUUGGUUGUUGAUCAUUGCUGUACAGUCAUUUUUAAGUCUUGCCAUAGACUUUCAAGACGAUUUAAGUCAAAACUGUAACAAAGCCACUCAGGAACAUUCAAUGUUAUUUUGGUAAGCAACUCCCAUGUAUAUUUGGCCUUGUGUUUUAGGUAAUUGUCCUGCUGAAAGGUGAAUUUGUCUCCCAGUGUCUGUUGGAAAGCAGACUGAACCAGGUUUUCCUGGAGGAUUUUGCCUGUGCUUAGCUCUAUUCCGUUUAUUUUAUAUCCCCCAAAAACUCCCUAGUUUGUUCUGUACAGGCUACCUUCUUUCCACUUUGUCAUUUAUGUUAGUAUUGUGGAGUAACUACAAUGUUGUUGAUCCAUCCUCAGUUAUCUCCUAUUACAGCCAUUAAACUCUGUCACUGUUUUAAAAUCACCAAUGGCCUCAUGGUGAAAUCCCUGAGCGGUUUCCUUACUUUCCUUAGGAAGGGCGACUGUACUUUUUUGUAGUGACUGGGUGUAUUGAUACACCAUCCAAAGUGUAAUAACUGCACCAUGCUCAAAGGGAUAUUCAAUGUCUGCUUUUUUACCCAUCUACCAACAGGUGCCCUUUGCGAACCAUUGGAAAACCUCCCUGGUCUUUGUGGUUGAAUCUGUGCUUCAAAUGAAUUGCUUGACUGAGCAACCUUACAGAUAAUUGUAUGUGUGGGGUACAGAGAUGGGGUAGUCAUUUUAAAAAUCAUGUUGAACACUAUUAUUGCAAACAGAGUGAGUCCAUGCAACUUAUUAUCUGACUUGUUAAGCACAUUUUUAGUCCUGAACUUAUUUAGGCUUGCCAUAACGAAAGGGUUGAGUAAUUAUUGACUCGACAUUUCAGCUUUUCAUUUUUAAUUCAUUUGUAAAAAUGUCUAAAAACAUAAUUCCAAAUUGACAUUAUGGGGUAUUGUGUGUAGAUCAGUGACACAAUCUCAAUUUAAUCCAUUUUAAAUUCAGGCUGUAACGCAACAAAAUGUGUAAAAAGUCAAUGUGUAUGAAUACUUUCUGAAGGCACUGUGUGUACUUUACUCGGGAGGUUUCUAAACGUGCAAUACUACCUGUUAUGUUGAUGAACGGUUAUGUGUCUUAUCUAUAAUGCUCCUUGAUGUCACAAUUUAUCUUGAACAUUUAGGUCUUUUUUUUCUGAAAGCAACUGUGUCUUUGAUAUAAAAGUAGUUUUUCAGCAGAGUCUUGGCACAAAGUGUGUUAUUUCAGCAUGCUUCUGCUAAUGUAAGUUUGCACUAGUUUUGUGAUUUGCACUUCCAAACAGGGUUUGCUGCAUCAUAUUAUGUUCUAAAAUGGCAAAAAAAAAUAUGGGGAAAGCGUACGUUCCUGAGUGGUAAUGCUUAUGCUUUAUCAUAUUUUCAUCAAAUAGUUAAGAUAAGAAAGUAUGUAUUUUUUGAAUGAAUUCUAUUCUUUUAAAGAAUAAAUAUUUUGUACAGCG